AUGCGCUUGAUCAAAGCUUCAUCCAUACACGGCAACAAGCUCCAACUCGUCGAUUUCAACCCCGAUCAGCUCCCCCGGUACGCAAUUCUCUCGCACACCUGGGGCGAUAACGAAGUCAUCUACGCCGACAUCAGGAAUGAACAUGCCGCCACCAAGCCCGCCUUCCACAAAGUCCGCUACAGUUGCACUCAGACUCUGGCAGAUGGCCUCGAAUACGUCUGGAUCGACUCAUGCUGCAUCGACAAGAGCAGCAGCGCGGAGCUUUCCGAGGCCAUCAACUCCAUGUACGAGUGGUACAUGAAGUCGGAAGUCUGCUACACUUACCUCUCGGGCGUACCUGCUACUGUAGAUCCUGUCAAGACGGACGGCGCCUUCGCCUCGUGCCGGUGGUUCACGCGCGGGUGGACACUCCAGGAACUCCUCGCCCCGGCCGAGAUGGUCUUCUUCUCCGAGGACUGGGUGAAAGUCGGGGAGAAGACGACGCUGUGCAAGCCCCUAUCCGUCAUCACAGGCAUAGACGAAGACAUCCUUACGGGCCUCAGACCCCUCGAAUCAGCGAGCCUCGCCAAGCGCAUGUCCUGGGCCGCGCACCGGCAGACGACGAGGCCAGAAGAUGUAGCCUACUGCCUGAUGGGUCUCUUUGGCGUCAAUAUGCCAAUGCUCUACGGCGAAGGGGAGCGCGCCUUCCUCCGCCUCCAAGAGGAAAUCAUGAAGCAGUCUGACGACCAGUCCCUCUUCGCCUGGGUCGACCUCUCCGCCUCGACCGAGACCUACCACGGCUUGCUGGCCAAAUCGCCCGCCAACUUCGCCUACUCCAACUCCAUCAUGCCCUACCAGGACUGGGAGCCGCGACCGCCGUACUUCAUGAGCAACCGCGGCCUGCGCAUCGACCUACCCCUGACGCUGCGCGACCAAGACAUCUUCGUCGCCGCGCUGGACUGUCCAGCGCCGCCAGACUACGAGGACUCUACGUUCCUAGCAAUCUACCUCAAAAAGAUUUCGAGCGGCGGGGAUCAGCAAUUCGCCCGCGUGCGGGUGAACCAGUUCGCCAAAGUCCAGGAACGGGGAAACAAGCAGACGCUCUACGUGCGGCAGACGUUCAACGGCGUCGCGGACGCGGAGGGCGUGUUCCCGCAGCACAUUAUCCAACUCCGAAAGGGUCCGCCGCGGGACCAGUACUCGGUGCUGAAUCUGGUGCACUCCAAGGAGGCCGACAGAGGGGACCGGCCGGCGGCGUGCACGUCGAGCAGAGGCUCCGGAAGGGACUUGAUCCACACAGCGACGGGGAAUACGAUUGCUUUCCGCAUCCCGAAGGCGGCGGGUCAGCUCGCUGGGGCAGUCACGUUCGCGCGGACAGACGGAUCCCGGCUGCUCAUCAUGUUCGGGUCCACGGACGGCAUCCGAGCCGGGUUCCACGCCCGCGAGCUACCGCCUCGUUUCCCGGGCAUGAACCAGAGUCAGAACCAGAACCAGAACCAGGCAAAAACGAGCUCAUCAAAAGCAAAGGAGAACCAACAACAAGAACCGCCAGAAGUCACCUUCUCAUUCGACGACUUGCAAACGAUGUUCCGGCCAACCCCAGCAGGCAUCGACGUCGAGCUGGAGCGGUUCCGGGUGCGCGUUGACGUGGAGACGGUGAUUGCGAACGCGAGCAAGUACCUCAUGGCCGACGUACUCAUCGAGCCCGUCAACCGGCCGUGGGACCCGUUCGAACCGCUGGACGCGGCUCUCGGGUGCGGCGACGGCGCAAGCGGCGGCGACUAA